AUGACCUACAAAAUUAUUGCUAUAGUGGCAGCUUUAAUCGUCAAAAGAUUAUCCGAUAAACACUCAGAGAGAGUUUAUGUCAGCAACCAGAAGCAAUCCAGGGAAUGGAGGCUUCUGAACAACAUUUCUGGGACAAAGGAAGGCGACGAUUUCAGUACGCUAACCUUCGUUGGAUUUACAUUCAUUUCGUCGGUUUUACUUCUUGCAAGGAUAAUUCAACGAAACUCAAAUUAUGAUACAUGCGAAGUUCUUCUCUUGGGUUUUGGUUGCCUGUUCUUCAUCAUAGAGGGAUUGCUCAUACUCAUCAGCGUGGAACAGUUGCCUGAGGAGAUCUUAACGUACGCCUAUUCCCUUGGCGCGCUUUCCUUUCUAUGUGCGGCGCUGUUCGCUCUGGAUCUGAUGCUCUUCAAGAAUAUGCUGAAGUCUAAGAACGUCGCUGCCCAAACGGAUUAUUCACUGAAGGAAGCUUCUACACUAACAAUGAAAGUGUUUAAUGUGUCGAACGCAGACAAAACAAAUUGUUGCCGCAGCUCCGCAGCUCUUCCUCAGAUGAGUGUGAGCAAUGAACAAAGUGUUUUACGAACCGAUCUGUAAGGGAAAUCCAUUUAGAAACAUUUUCUUUGACCAUCGAAUAUUUGCAUAAAUCAAAAUCACUUUGUUUUACAUACAUACAU